AUAUACCAUCUGAAAAUAUGAUUAACCUAUUCUUUGAUGAUUCAUUCGCUAACCUAACAAAUAUUCAAUCACCCCAAAAUAUCGAUAUCCCAACCAUCAACACAAACACCUCAAACUUGAAUCUUUCUACAAAUCAAACAUCAUUCACAUUACCAGACAAUAAUCCAUGA